AAAAUGAAACAAAAACUUUUCCCUAAUUAAAAAACUAAUACCGUAGACGCCUUGAAAUUUAGAACAUCACGUUGACAUUACAAAUGUCGCUGGGAUGUGACACAACAUACAUAUUCCGCGUUUAUAGUUUUAUAUUUAUUUUAUAUUAUAGUUUUAUAUUUAUUUUAUAUAACAGAAAUUCUGUUGUUUUAUAAUGAAAACGCAGUAGAGUAUGGCCGGCAGCAAUAUGGAGGCACCAAAGAGCGAUGCACCAAAACUGCCGGAUAUGGUUAUCCAUUAUUGCAGCAUGUGCGGGGACCAUCCGUCCGUCACGAAGACGGAGCUCAACGUGAAAACAGACGGCAAGGUGGAUGACAAGGACAAGGGGAAAGACAAAUCUUUGUCCUAUACUAAAAUCACACCAUCCAUAUCCCGCACGGAGCGCGGCGAGCGCGGCGACCGCGACGGGGGUAGCGGGGGCAGCUCGUCGAGCGCGCGCGGGCGGGCCACGUCGGAGCACGCGCUGCGCCUGUCGGAGGCGCGGCGCCGCGUGCGCUCGCUGGAGGCCGUGCAGCGCCCCGACGCCGACCUGCAGGCCACCGGGAACCGCGCGCUCGUGCAAGCGGCGCUGGGCAGUUUCCGCUGGCCGCCGUACCUGCUGUGUGUGUGGGUGUUGGUGUUGGUCCUCACGCACGUGCUGCACUGCCUCGUGUCCUUGUUAGAGCGUGCACUGCCCGCACUCAGAAAGUGCAGCCACUUGUUCCGUACAUGGACGGAGGAGUGCUGGCGCGGGCAGAGCGCGGCGCCGGGCGCGGGCGGCGAGCAGCGCAGCCAGCGCGUGUACCCGGCCGGGCUGGCCGUGGUCACAGCUAUACUGUACACGCUGUACUUCACGCUGUACGCGUGCUACGCCGUCGUGCUGUGGGCCAUCGAGCCGCUGUGCGCCGACGACGACAAGCGGUCGGACACUGAACCUACUGUGACCGAGUACGAGGACGAGGUGCCGGGGCCCGCGCCCUGCAAGCCCGCGCUGCCCGUCAAGGCGUGACUCUACUGCGGUCACAACGUAUCGUGUCUACCAUGUUGAUUAAGCUGUGACGUCGACAUUAAAAUGACAAUAACACCAGUCUUCUACCUUAUGUUUUUUUUUAAUCAUGCAAA